GCGGCGGGCGCGAAUGGCGGAGCAAUGGGAUCUGGACGAGGAGGGCCUCCGCCGCCUGGGGGCGCUGACCCUGGAGCAGCCCGAGCUGGUGGAGUCUCUUUCAUUGCAGGGAUCUUAUGCUGGAAAAAUCCAUUCUAUUGGUGAUGCCUUCAGAAAUUUCAAAAAUCUCCGAUCCUUAGAUUUAUCAAGGAAUUUGAUCACUAGCCUAAAGGGCAUCCAGUAUUUGUGUUCACUCCAGGAUCUGAACUUAUAUUACAACAACAUCCCUUCAUUAGUGGAGGUGUCCCGACUUCAGCCCUUGCCCUUCCUCAAAGAACUAGAUUUGAGACUCAAUCCUGUUGUAAGGAAAGAUACAGACUAUAGGCUUUUUGCCGUGUACACGCUGCAAACUCUGGAAAAAUUGGAUGACCGAACUGUGCGUGAUAGCGAGAGGAAAGCUGCCAAGCUGCAUUUCAGUCAGUUGGGCAACAGUGAAAAUUUUCUUUUAGAGGUGGAAAAAAGCUCUAGGGAGAAGACAAUGAAAACCUGUGUGACAGAGGAAGGCUCUGCAUCAAAAGUCAAUCCUGAGGUUGACGCCAGGAUCGAAACAGACUCAAACAAAGGACUUUUUAUUCCCUUCUCCAAACGGGAAAUAAAGGAUUCUCUAACCAGUACUUCUGCAACCCAGGGCAAUGGCACACCAGCUCAGAAAUUAGAUGUUUUUCCACUGGGGACACAGAUGCAAGAAGCAACAAGAAGGGAGACAAGUGACACCCACAAGGAAGAUGGAUUAGAAUUCAGACAUUACUUGCCUCAUCGGUCCACAGUCCGAUCUCCAGAGAAGAUGACUAGAGAUGGAUACCGAGUAUCUUUUUUAGACGCUAAGUCUUCAGGUUCUUCUCCAGAAAAAGACUUGAUACCAAAGCCUGACACAUAUUCAUGUACCCAUGAUGUCUCACUGGCUAAACGCCUGGAUGUGGGUGAUUCUAGCCAGAUCCUUCCCUAUCAAUUACCUUCGGAUGUUGGUCUGGACUAUUAUGAUAAUCAUUAUUCUCAAACUCUUUCCUUGCACGGAAGUCUUAUCAAAAAGCCUCAAAAAAUCAAGAACUACCGAGAAUAUAGCAUAAAGCCUUCAAAUGACAUAAAGGCCACCUCAUCUCAUUCCUGUGGAGACCUACUAACUUCUCUGUCAAACCCCGACUCCAGCACAGGAAGGCUUUUGAAGCUUAGUUCAGAUCUAUAUGCCACAACCCAUUUCAACAGCGAGCCUGCCCUGCUGACCAGUGUAGAGCAACAGUUAUCCAGCAGUCUCAGCGAUUUUGCACCAGCACCUGGUUCUUUUCCAAGCAACCGGGUCCUAGGAAACUCUCUGCAGACACUGCUGUUGCCUCCUGGGACUCCAGAAAACAGAGAGAUUCCAACUAAGAGGUCAUUAAGCGGAGGCUUCAAGUGGAAGGACAAUGUUCUUGCCAACCUGAAUCUGAAGUGUGCUUUCCAAGAAGCUACAGGCAGAGAGGCGCAACCUCUCUCUAGUGACCUGGGCAGUUUGCGUGGUUUACCGGGAAACCGUAGUCCCCCGAUCUCGGCCAGAACCCCCCACGUGGCCACUGUCCUCAGACAGCUCCUGGAGCUGGUCGAUAAGCACUGGAACGGCUCUGGCUCCCUCCUCCUCAACAAGACGUUUCUUGGUCCUGCCAGAGAUUUGCUUCUGUCCUUGGUUGUGCCUGCGCCUCCUCAGCAGUGGCGUCGCUCACAGGCUGAAGAGAAGGCAGAGACAGCCUUCCGCUGCAGGGAGAGUGAGCUAAAAGAGGCGGGACUGCUGGUUCCUAACGACGUGGAAAAUUUGAAGCAAAAAUUGGUCAAAGUGCUGGAGGAAAACCUUAUUUUAUCAGAAAAAAUUCAGCAGUUGGAGGGAGGUGCUGCCACCUCAGUUGUGAGUGGGCACCCAUCUCAAACACACGAUGAUCUUCUGCACAAAAACCAACAGCUGACCAUACAGGUGGCCUGCCUGAACCAGGAGCUGACUCAGCUGAAAAGGCUGGAGGAGACAGUUGCUCUUCUCCAUGAGAGUCAGAGGUAGGAGCAGUCUGGCUGGCUUUGGGAGCAUGUGUUCACUUCUCUUUAUCUUCUCUGCUUUUCUUGGAAACUAGACUCUACACCUGUGUAAAUUAGUGCAUGUAAAUCUCCUACUAGGCCUGUUAGCUCAGGGGUCAAAGGACAGCUUUUAGUAGUGCUUUUAUACACCAGGGCUAACCCUUCGCUGGCACUGGUGGGUUGCAACUACUCAGUAUUAGUAUAGCAAUGGCUAUAAUGGAACUCUAGGGUCAGCCAAUUGUUUUGGUCAUUACAUACCCCUUAGAUCAGCCAUCUGGCUCCUCUGGAAAGUGCCUGUUUGCUAUUGGGUAUUGGU